AGUAGUAGGUUUGCUGGCCUAAUAAUGGAGCUAAUUGUACCGUUGAAAAAGCUAGCUUCUUUCUUUUUUCACACAUACCAGCAAUUUCCAAACAAGUGCUCGCUCUUUUCCUGUCCAUACUAUACUAUAAUUCAAAAAACAUUAGACAAACAAACAGACAAGGCAACAGACCAUGGAGCUGGAGGAUUAGGAGCGGUGGUUGGACCUCAAUUUUCAAAUGGCAGGAGCGUGGCUUCCUCUGCACUAAUGCCCCUCCACUUCCUAUAAUAAUGGAGCAUAGGUCGUUGGAUGUUCCCCAUCUCCCUGCUGCUGCUGCUGCUGGUUCCUCCUCUUGUUGGGUUUUCUUUGCUUCUGCGAGGCCUCUCAAACCUCGCAGGAACAAAGAAACCCAUCCCCAGCAGCUGAAAGAAAGACAUAUCGUAUCAUAAAACAUUACAAUUACAGAUAUCAAUCAUGGGUGGACUCCAGUCCUCUGUUAGAGCCAAGAGGCUUUGGAAUGUUCUCAAGGUAGCGCUUAUUCUAAUGGCAAGAAAGGGUCUGAUCUCAAAGAGAAGGUUCAUCAUGGACAUGAAUUUGAUGCUGAAGAGAGGUAAGCUGUUCAGAAAAUCUUUCACCAGCUACUUCAUGUUCCAUCACCACCACCAUGGCUCCAGUGUCGGAGAUAUGACGUGUGGCGGUUUCGGCAUACAGGACUACGAGUUUUCCUGCAGCAACACUCCCAUUAAUCCUGUUUUUUCCCACAUGUCAAAGCGCAGCGCCAAAUACCAUGCUUACUUCCCCUGUAUCAACCUAACAAAGCAAGAAGAAGAAGAAGAAGAAGAAGAAGGUUCAGACCCAGAAGCCAGGGCGGCGAUUACUUUACUACCCAUGACUCCUGAGAACACAGUAAAUCACUUGCAGUAUAAUGCUUUAAGUCCUGCAAUGGAGGGGGCAAGCCCACUCGUUUCCCCGUUCAACGUACGGAUAUCCAACUAUUCGUCUGAGGAAGAAAAUGAAAUUAGCAGUGAAAGUGGACAAGUGGAUAAUCAGGCUGAGGAAUUCAUCAGAAGGUUCUAUGAACAGCUGAGGACACAACGACGCCUGCAACUACUGCAAUAUAGUUAAUUUAAGCUAAUUCAUUCCCCUUGCUGUUGUGUGGUUUGAAGAAAUUCUACAUGUUAUUCUUUCAUCAGUUAUGACAAUAUAAUAAAUCUGUGUAUGGAAAAGGAAAAAAGACAGAAGAGGUUGUUUAUGUGUACAACUGAAUGCACUAAGCUAUGCAUAGAAAUCGAUACAAGAGCCUAAUAUGUUUCUCUA